GUAGGCUAGUUACUCAUUGCCGGUUCAUGCGAAAACGGAGUCUUGUAGACGAAAUAGUUUAGUUCUUAAUUCCUCUGAUGCAGCACGUGGAGUUUUGGAAGGUAAAUAGUCUGACAUCAAGAUGCGCUGUGCUUACGUUUUUACUUUGGCGGUAUGUGUGGACUUCAUAGUGUAUUACGUUUUAGAUCACCGAUUGUUGUUGGGUGAAUUUCAUGAAGAAAAUACGUAUACGAAUUUGUUGCGGAAGUGGGUCUCGUCGGGAAUACGAUGGGUGAUAUUACAUGGAGUGACACAUCUGGUCACCAAUGGGUCAAGCGUUUUUUUAAAACGCAUGCUAACAACUCAUUGUCUUCUUGGUCCUAUAUUUUGGACUGGACGCAUGGUGUUGUUUGACAGCCAUCCACUUGAAAAAUCGUGGUUUUGGUUGUUAAAUUUUCUUGCAGCUGCAUCAGCCUGUAUAUUUUGGGAGCUGUCAUGUCCCGACAAAAGUUGUCAAAGUGAUGGAGAGAAGAAAGGACAAACUGCAUCACGCGUGCUCUUUAAGCGAGUUAUCCUUCUCUAUAGACCUGACUAUAUCCUUCUUUUUGGAGCGUUCGUCUUCCUUUCAUUAGCUGUUCUAUGUGAGAUGUUCAUUCCCUUCUACACUGGACAAGUGAUUGACAUCUUGCGAUCACAGUACCAGUGGAAUGACUUCCUGACUGCUAUUUUGUUCAUGGGCCUUUUCUCUUUAGGCAGCUCAAUCAGUGCGGGGUGUCGAGGCGGCCUCUUCAUGUGUGCCAUAAACAGUUUCACCUGCAGAGUCAGGGUCAAGCUGUUCAGAUCCCUUGUUAGUCAAGAGAUAGGCUUCUAUGAAACCACCAAGACUGGUGAGCUCACUUCCAGGUUGUCCACAGACACCAAUCUCAUGGCCCGAGCGGUGGCUCUUAAUGUCAAUGUCCUGCUCCGAACAUUCAUCAAAACCCUGGGCAUGCUCUCUUUGAUGCUUAGCCUGUCCUGGAAGCUCACAUUGCUAAUGCUGAUGGAGACACCACUAACUGGCCUUCUUCAGAACAUAUAUGACACCUUCUACCAGAAACUCUCUAAAGAGGUGCAAGACUCUAUUGCCCAAGCUAAUGAUGCUGCAGAAGAGGCCGUCUCAGGCAUCCGGACUGUCCGAGGAUUCAAAACAGAGAAGAGCGAGUCAUGUCGCUAUGAUGCCUGUCUGAUGGGCACUCACAACUUGAAGACUCGAAGGGACACUGUCAGAGCAGUGUAUCUGCUUGUCCGAAGGAUUACAGAACUUGGCAUGAAAGUGGCCAUGCUGUACUACGGCAGACUGAUCAUUCAGUCGGGACAGAUGAGCACAGGGAAUCUGGUGUCUUUCAUCCUGUACCAGUCUGAUCUGGCUGAUAAUAUUAGAACCUUGAUUUACAUAUUUGGGGACAUGCUAAACUCUGUGAGUGCAGCUGGUAAGGUCUUUGAGUACCUGGACAGGAAACCUGAAGUUUGUACUGAGGGAACCCUCCAGCCUGAUUCUCUGAAGGGACAUGUCCUGUUCCAGAACCUCACUUUCUCCUACCCUACCCGCCGUGACCAGAAGGUUCUGAAGGACUUUUGUCUUGAACUGAAGCCAGGGCAGAUGACAGCUUUGGUGGGGGCCUCAGGUGGCGGCAAGACCACCUGUGUGAGUCUGCUGGAAAGAUUCUACCAGGCCCAGGAGGGAGAGAUCCUCCUGGAUGGACAGCCACUGCAGAAUUAUCAGCACAAAUAUCUGCACAGAAAGAUUGCCAUGGUGGGCCAGGAACCUGUGCUUUUCUCUGGUUCUGUGAAAGACAACAUCGCCUAUGGGCUGGGAGAGUGUUCCCUACAGAAAGUAGGAGUGGCGGCCCGCAAAGCCAAUGCCCAUGGCUUCAUCUCCCAGCUGGAGAAACAAUAUGACACAGAUGUGGGAGAGAGGGGAGGUCUGCUGUCGGGCGGUCAGAAGCAGCGCAUUGCCAUCGCCAGGGCUCUGAUCAGAGAGCCACAGGUGCUCAUCCUGGAUGAGGUGACCAGCUGUCUGGACACAGAGAGUGAACAAAUGGUACAGUUCUCCCUUUUAUAUGGAGUGAAAAAUGACGGUGGCUGCACGGGCAAGGCCCGAGGCUGCAGUGGCGGUGGCAACGAAAACGAUCCUCCAAACGAGCAAGAGCGAGAGCUGCGCUCCCGAUUGACGUCACCCAGCCACUUUUAA